UUCGUGUGGUUAGUUGGCGCGCGGGGCCCCGGUGACUGGGACGGCCAAGACAGGCGCUCCGUAUCAAAGAAGAGACAAGAGACAGGGCCAAACGAACAGGAUACGUUAUAAACGGAGCGACGACCACACAGUGACGACGACCACGACAAAGACGAUCGAAUAUCAAAGAAAUUUCUCUCUUUUUUUUCCUCACUCGUUUCUUUCUCUCUCUCUCUCUCUCUCUCUUUCUCUCUCUUUUUUUUUUUCUACGUUCGUACGCGUAAUUUCACUUCGACUUUCGAGAAUCAAAGUGCGCGAUCGACGAGCCGCGAGCUCGACCCACUCGAGCCACAGAUCCACGUUAAAUACCCCCAAGGUGCCUGCAAUCGAGGAUUUCUAACGCCGGCACGGCCAUCGACGGACCGUAUUUACUCGUCUAACUAUUUGGAUAUUUCACCGCUCGCUUCAAAUUUGACGAGGAUCGUCAUCAGCGAGGGAAGGAGGCUAACGGUUGGAUGGUGCCGCGGGUCGGCGCCGUUUAAACCGACUCGAAGCGGACAGACGAGAUUUGUCGGCAAGCAACGAAAAGAAGCAAAGAACCGAGCGAGUCCUCGAUUUCUAAGGCGAGAGGGUGGCGCGCCACCCGAGAAAUUCGCGGUAAAGGGAGGAGGGGCGAAGGCGACCCGACACCAUGGGGGUCGCCGACGAUUUCGCGCCGAGCUUCACCCAGAAGCCGCAACUAAGGCAGGAGGACGAUGGGAACCGGCUGAUCUUCGAGUGUCAAUUGAUCAGCGCGCCUAAACCCGAGAUAUCGUGGUAUCGAGGCGAGACAGAACUCAGCGCAGAUGCGAGGACCAAUUUCAGGAUGCAGAGCAUCGGGACGAACAAGUUCCUGGUCGUUCUGGAGCUCGACGACGUUAUCGAGACCGACGCUGGCCUGUACAAGGUCAAGGCCAAGAACAAGAUGGGCGAGGUCGCGGCUUCGAUCAACCUGAACUUCAGCCCUGUCGACGAGCCUAGAGAGAAACAAAUCGAUGGAAUCGCGCCAACUUUUGCGAAGAAGCCUGCUAUCAGACAAGAAGACGACGGUAAACGAUUACUUUUCGAAUGUCGCAUCACGGCUGAUCCCACGCCAAAAGUAACGUGGUUUCACGAUGGAAGUUUGGUUAAAGAUUCACCGAGGCACAAGCUAACCGUCGAUAAAGAUGGCCACUCGUACUUCGCGACUCUGGAAAUCAAAAACGUGACCGUCGAGGAUGCUGGUAAAUAUAAGGUCACGGCGAAGAACGAGCUCGGCGAAUCCAACGCCACUAUUUCCCUAAACUUCGAUAGCGACGAGGCGCCCGUACCUGACGACGGUAUUAAACCGACCUUCACCGAACGACCGGUGAUAAGGCAAUCCGACGACGGUAACACCAUCACCUUCGAAUGUCGAUUAGUCGGCGACCCGAAACCGAGUGUCAAGUGGUAUCACGGUAGCGAAGAGGUGAAAGAAGGAGGAAGAUACAGCAUGUCGCUGGAACUCGAUCAGAAGCUGUACCAUCUCGCGAGGUUAAAGAUCGACAACGUGGCGAAAGGCGACGCAGGGGAAUACAGAGCCGUCGCGAAGAAUAAGCACGGCCAGGGUGUGGCGACCAUUAACUUAAACUUCGAGGGGGGUGACAAGCUAAAAAUACCAGACGGUAAACCACCGCGUUUCCCAAAGAAGCCAACUAUUCGACAAGAGGGAGACGUUUUGAUUAUGGAGUGUAUCUUGGAAGCUCAUCCGGUACCGGAUAUAACGUGGUACCAAGGCCAGAAAGCGAUCACCGACAGCAAACGCGUGAAGAUGUCACGCAAGGCAACCGGAAAGGACACGUAUUUGCUCACGCUCGAGAUAUCGAAUCCGACGAAGGCCGACGGCGGAAAUUAUCGAUGCAACGCGUUUAACAACUUUGGCGAGAGUAACGCCAACAUCUCGCUCAACUUCCAAGAAGAAGGACCUGGUUUCGCGCCGACGUUCGUCGAGAAACCGCGUAUCAUUCCGAACGAAACCGGUACCUUGAUCACGAUGAAGUGCAAAUGCAAGGCGAAUCCAAAACCGGAAGUCACAUGGUUCCGUGGGACCAACGUCGUCAAGGAAUCUUCCAAGAUUUCGAUCAAGACGAAAACCGUGGAGGAGGACGUUUACGAAUUAAUCAUGGAGAUCAAGGAUCCUUCAGCACCGGACGGCGGUACUUACAGAUGUCACGUGAAAAACGAAUACGGCGAAAGCAACGCCAAUUUGAACUUGAACAUCGAAGCGGAACCAGAACCGGAAGGCGAUGGUCCGACGUUCGUUGAGAAACCGCGUAUUCAGUCGCAAAACCAGGGUAAACUUGUGAUCAUGGAUUGCAAGGUAAAGGCAAAUCCAAAGCCCGAGAUCGUGUGGACUCACGCCGGCAAGGUGGUGAAGGAGUCUUCGAAGAUCUCGAUCAGCGUCGUUAAAGAGAAGGAGGAUAUCUAUUAUAUCAAAUUGACUUUGAACGAUCCUGGCCCAGAAGACUCGGGCUUGUACAAGUGUAAUAUCAAGAACGAUCUUGGCGAAUUGAACGCCAAUCUGACGCUCAACGUCGAGAUUAUACCUGUGAUCAAGGAAAAGCCAAAGGUUAUAAAGAUCGUGAAGAAGAAGACGGUCAUUGUAGAGUGCCACGUCCUUUCCAAGUUUACGCCAGAUUGUACUUGGUUCAAAGAAACGAAGGCCGUGAAGGAAGACACGAGGCACAAAGUUCACAUCGAGCAAGUUAAAGACGGAGAAUUCGCUGUCAAGUUAGAGAUCGAGCAAGUAUCGGUUUCCGACAAGGGUGUAUACAAGUUAGUAGCUCGCAACGAAAAGGGAGAGGCAACGUCGCAGGUUGUAGAAGUGACGGAGAUUAUGGAAGAAGGAGAGAAACCCAAGAUUAUAUCCGGCUUGAAGUCUGCGACGAUCGAGGAGGGUAAAUCGAUCGAACUUGUCGCCAGCCUCUCGAAACUGGAUCGCAAAGUUACCGUUACGUGGUACAGAGAUUCCACGGUAGUCAGAUCCUCCAAGGACAUUAUGAUAUCUUUCAAUGGUACAGACAUGAAACUGACAAUCACGUCUGCCUCCACUUCGUACUCGGGAACAUACAAAGUAGUUGUUAGUAACGAAUUUGGUCAAGACGAAUCGUCGGCGCGACUAGUCGUCAAGAAAAAAGAAGAGAAGAAAGAGGAAGAAGAGGAAGAGAAGAAGGAGAAGAAGGUUGAGAAGAAGGAAGAGAAGAAGGAAGAGAAGAAAGAGGAAAAGAAGGUAGAAAAGAAAGAAGAGAAAAAGGAAGAAAAGAAAGAAGAGAAGGUAAAAAGCUCGAUCUGGUACGAUGACAAAAAAACCGUUUCCGACGAAGAAGAGGAAGAAGAGUACGAGGAGGAGGUGGAAGAGGAGGAGGAGGAGGAGGAAGAUGUGGUGAGUGUAAUCGAGUCCAGCACCGCGGAGCCGACUAUCGCGCAACCAGAGUCGGAAGCAAUUUCACAAGUAGAGGAUAUACCCGACAACAGACAGAACGGUAUCGACAAACCCAAGAAGAAACUGGAAGUUCUACAGAAGAAACCAGAAGAGAAAGUCGAAGAAAAGAAGGAAGUUGAAAAGAAAAAGAUUGUGAAGAAAGGAGAAGAAAAGAAGGAGGAACUUAAAGCAGAGAAAAUGGUAUCUCGCAAGCAGUCUAUUAGUAGAGUAGAAGAAAUACGAACAGAAAGUCGAAGAAGUUCUUUAGUAGCAACAGAGGAAAAGAUGGAAGCAGAGGUCAUGACAGAAAGCAGGCGAUCUUCCAUCGUUGAAAAGAAGGUGACGACAGAAAAGGCAGAUAGAGAGACCCCGAAGUUUAGACCUACGCUAACACCAACACAACACGUAAAGAUCGCACCGAGAGAUAGUAUUAGAUAUUACGAGCCCGAGCCUGACGAUGAAAUCGAGGAUAUUUGGGCUUCAGUGCCAAGAGAGCCGGAAAUAAGAUCCAUUAGAAAAAGUGAGGACACGGUAAAUGUAAAAUAUCCAUCACUCGUCACACGCGAAUUCCCUGAAAGACCAAGCAUUGAGGAACGAUCACAGCCAGAUCAUAUUAAAUAUAAAAUUCCCGAGGAAUCUAACGUCAAGGAAAAAUCACGAUCGGAGGAUACCGAACGCGACGAAUUACCAGUUCGUAAAUACGAGGAUGUUCCAAAGUCAUUACACAAGCCUGCACCACCAACCCAUAGUACUAGUAAAGAUACAAUACACGAGGUUUCCAUCGAUCCACGACCAAGCAUACCUGAAAGGAAAUUAAUUAGGAACACCGAGGAUGAGUCACAGCCUAAAUUUAAUGUGCCAUUCAAAGAAUCGAAUGACGAAGUAGAGGGUGCUUGGCCAGAUAGACCAGAUGAUUCUGAAAUUGAACCGGUUAAGAAAGUUAAGGAUAUGCCAAAGAUUACAUCUAAACCGACUAUACAAGAGCCAAAUAAUGAAAUAGAGGACAUCUGGGCAGACAGGCCACAAGAACCAGAAAUUAAAUCAAUUUGGAGAAAGGUGCCAGAAAAGACUAGCAUAGAUUUAUCACGGACACAGCACACAGUACCCGAGGUACAUACUCACUACACAAAUAAUCAGAUCGAAAUUGACACUUGGAAAACAAAUUUAAAUGAAACAAAUGACAAACCCGAUACACCGAAAGAUAAAUCGGAAACGCCUUCGAUCGAAUCCAUUGACAAUAUAGAGGAGAAAGUUAAACCGAAAUUAAAAACAACUCGUAAAAAAGUCACGACGGACAAGAAAGAGGAAGCGAAACCAAAAUCUACCUCUCGCAAACUUGACGAAGCGAGCAAGAAAACAGUACCGCUCACACGGCGUAGGUCAUCGACAAAGUCAACAGAGGGGUCUAAGGACGAAGAACCUACGUUAGAUUCUAUACAAAAGGACAGUAUUUCCAACGGGACGAAGAAGCAGGAAGCCGUCACAAAAGCUAAAAUCGUUGGAAAGGAGGAAAAGAAGGAGGAACUCAAACCCACACCCAAAGUAGAAGAACCCAAGAAAACAGAGCCACCCAAAGCAAAGGUCACUCUCGGUAAACCCGAGGAGACUAAGAAAGAGGAACCCGUCGAAACGCAAACGAAACCCAAAACACCCGCCGGUAAACCCGAAGAGGCGAAGAAGGAGGAACCUGCUGCGAAACCUAAGGCCACACUUGGUAAACCCGAGGAGGCUAAGAAGGAGGAACCUGCUGCGAAACCUAAGGCCACACUUGGUAAACCCGAGGAGGCUAAGAAGGAGGAACCUGCUGCGAAACCUAAGGCCACACUUGGUAAACCCGAGGAGGCUAAGAAGGAAGAACCUGCCCUGAAACCUAAAGCCACGCUUGGUAAACCCGAACUACCAAAGGUAGAGGAACCGCUCAGAAAAGUCAGUCUGAAACCUACAACGAAGAUCGAAGAGGAAGCAAAGACGUUGAACAAAGUAGAACUGAAGAAAACUGAGAAGACGGAAAAGGUGGAAGCCAAGAAGACGAAAGUGAGGAAAGCCAGCAAGGACAAGGAUUACGAGCUUCCGGAGAUCCCAGAUUACGAGCGACCUGUUUUGGAGAAGCCGCAAGAAUUCGAAUUCGGGGAGUAUGCGCCCCGAGAUAAAACCAAGUUGGACAGACCAACCACGCAAAAGUUCGAUUCCAAGCCAAAGGUGCCAGAGAUCAAAGCGCCCGAAGCACCGAAGAUCGAAGUUAUCAAAGACGUAACGCCGGUUGGAAGCAGAAGGAGUUCCCUGAUACCCGGCAGCGGCACAACCAGUCGACGGGGAUCCUUGAUACCACCCGAAGAAUUGGGUCGCAGACCCAGUCUGAUUAUCAGUGACGAGUUGGGAAAGUUACGUCCCGGCGAGGUGCUUGAAGCUAAGCGUCGUCGUCCGAGUGCGGACGUCAGAAGACCCAGCGUGGCGGACCUCGAGAAUAAGAUCAAUCAGCCGAGCACACCUCUUCGAGAUGUCGGACCAGCGGGACCACCUCAGAUCGUCGAUGUUCAGGAAUCAUAUUCCGCCGUCGAAGAUUCGACGGCGUACCUCACUGUUGGGGUGGAAGGUACGCCUGCGCCGACCUUCAAAUUCUACAAGGGUAUCACCGAGAUCAUCGAAGGUGGCCGAUUCAAGUUCCUUACGGACACAGAGACCAAUACGAUCACCCUCUGCAUGAGGAAGACGAAGCCCAACGACGAGGGCACAUACAAGAUCGUCGUGAGCAACAUCCAUGGCGAGGACUCUGCCGAGAUGCAGCUCUACGUUUCCGACGCCAGUGGUAUGGACUUCCGUGCUAUGCUGAAAAAGAGAAAGUACCAGAAAUGGGCGAGAGAAGAGCAAGAACAGGAAAAGGUAGACUUAAAGGAGGUCGAGAAACCUUUGCCGGUUUUGAAAAAGUUGGAGAAGAAACAGGAAAGUUUCCUCAAACCACUGGUGGACCAAUAUGCCAAGGAAGGCAAAGACAAGAAGGUGGUCUUCGAGGCGAACUUCUCGAAACCAAACUGCAAACCAAAAUGGUUCUUCCGAAAGGACGAACUGUUCCCUUCGUCGAAAUACAAGUUCAAGAACGAGGAAGAUUGCUACCAACUGAUUAUUAUGAAUCCCAAGGUCGAGGAUACCGGGAAGUAUAAAAUUGAAAUUUCAGGUAUCUCCAGCACAGCGUUCCUCAACGUCGAAGAACCAGACCCAACUUACACAUUCACGAAACCACUGGCUAAGAAAACAAGUGGUUACACUAAGCAUGAAGUUUACAUGGAAUGUACAGUUAGCUCCAACCUCGCCCAAGUUUCGUGGUACAAAGGAAAAACGAAGUUGGAGGAGGGCGAUACGUACAGUAUGUCGAAGGACAUGAACGGCGUUUGUCGAUUAACCAUAAAGAGCGCUACGCUUGAAGAUAGCGGCGAGUACAUUUGUAAGAUUAACAAACAAACCGACAAGACUGAAACGGUUCUAACUAUAGUUGAGUAUCCUUACAAGUUCGUAAAGGUGCUCAAGUCCCAGCAGAUCGUAGAAAAGGAAACGUUAACGCUUGUCUGCGAGUUGGACGACGCUGGUGGCGAAGUGAAAUGGUUCAGAGGUGACCAGGAGAUUGUACCUGACAAGAGGGUACAGAUCAAGGAAGAGGGCAGAAAGAGGAAGCUCAUCAUCAAAGACGCGAAAGUCACAGAUGCCGGUCAAUACUCGUGCGUGAGCAACGCUGACAAGACUGAAGCCGAAAUAGUUAUAAACUAUGCGAACCGAUUCAACAAGAAGUUGAAGGAUACGGUGGCAGUGGAAAGGGAAAAAUUGGUACUGGAUGUGGAACUUCAAGAUCAGACCGCACCUGCCAUCUUCUUGUUUAAUGGCCAAAAGAUCGAACCCAGUGAGAGGAUCGAGAUCAAGAACUUGGGCGGUGGAAAGCAUCAGCUAGUCUUCAAUAGGCUAGAAAUGAGCGAUGACGGUGAAAUUACGUGUGAGAGCGGACAGUUAACGAGCAGCUGUAAACUGACGGUAAAGAAGGGCGAGAGCAAACCGAUCGUUGAAAUCCCCGAUAAGGUCGAAGGUCCUUGCAGCCAACCACUCGUGUUCGUUGUUCCUUACAAGAUCGAAGGAACGAAACAGAGCCAGGUAGAAGCUAAACUGAUGAAAGAUGGCAAACCAUUGCCGUUGAAGGAUGUAGAAAUAGUUGUAGGUGAAGACAAGAUCACGUUCAAGAUCAAGAAACCUUCUCAUGACCAAUCUGGAAUUUAUCAAGUAAAGAUCGGUAACAGCCAAGGGGAGGAAGUCCGCGAUGUGAAUAUUAACAUGCAAGAUGUACCAGCUCCGCCUACGGACGUUGACGUUACCGAGAUCUUCCAAGACUCUUGCGUGGUUUCUUUCAAACCAUCGAAAGACGACGGUGGAUCGCCAAUCACGCAAUACGUGAUCGAACGUCUCGACCUCAGCAAGAAGGCACAAUGGGACAGUGUCGGCGAAGUUAUGCCUGGCGAGAAAUGCGUUUACAAAGUCAAAGACCUUGUAGCGAAAAAAGAAUACAAAUUCCGUAUCAGAGCGGUGAACAAACUUGGCUCCAGCGAACCCGCGAUGUUCGCCAAACCAGUACUCGCGAAAGAUCCAUGGGACGAGCCAGGUAAACCGACGGACGUGGAGGUGGUGGACUGGGACAAAGAUCACGCCGACUUGAAGUGGACGAAACCAGAAAGCGAUGGUGGAGCACCGAUCACGGGCUACAUAAUCGAGUACAAAGAGAAGUUCGGUAAAGAAUGGGUGAAGGGCAAAGAAAUCGAAGGAGACGUAACGGCAGCUACCAUCGACGGUCUGAAGGAAGGCACCCAAUACGAAUUCCGAAUCAGAGCCGUGAACAAGGCCGGACCUGGUGCACCUUCAGACGCUACAAAACCAAUUAUCGCCAAAUCCCGAUUCGUCAAGCCGUACAUCGUUGGCGAUGGUUUGACCAAUCUCAUCAUAAAGAAAGGACAAGUUAUCAAAUACGAUAUUAAAUAUGCCGGUGAACCCGAGCCGGAAGUCCAUUGGUUCCUCGGACAAAAAGAAAUUGUUCAGGAUGCAGCGGAAAGAAUCACGAUCGAUAAAUAUGAAAGGAACACGGUGCUUACUGUUAGAAAAACGACCAGACCAGAUUCAGGCAAAUACAAGCUGGUUCUGACCAACAGCUCUGGAACCUGCGAGAGCGUCGGUGACGUUGUUGUACUCGACAAACCGUCGAAACCAACUGGUCCGCUGAAAGUGGAAGAAGUCCGAUCCGAUCACAUAACAGUGAAGUGGCAAAAGCCGGAAGACAAUGGCGGUACCGAUAUUACCGGUUACGUUUUGGAAAAGAUGGAUAUGGACACUGGACGAUGGAUCCCUGCCGGAGAAGUCGGACCAAACGAUUUCUCCUUCACCUUCGGUGGCUUGACUCCGAAGAAGAAAUACAAAUUCCGCGUGAAAGCUGUGAACAAGGAAGGUGAAUCCGAGCCACUGGAAGUCGACGAAGCUAUUCUUGCCAAGAAUCCAUAUGAUGAGCCCAGCAAACCUGGUAAACCAGAAAUCUUCGAUUACGACAACGUCAGCGUAUCCCUGAAAUGGCAAAAGCCUGAGAGCGACGGUGGCAGGCCAAUCACUCACUACACCGUUGAGAUGAAAGACAAAUUUGCGGUGGAUUGGGUCGAGGUAACGAAAACCGCUGACGCCACUCCGGAAGUGAAGGUCGAAGGCCUGAAAGAGAAAAUGAUUUACCAAUUCCGAGUUCGUGCUCAUAACAAAGCAGGCGCGAGUGAACCCAGCGAACCUACCGACAGCCACCUCUGCAAACACAAGAACCUUAAACCAAGAAUCGACAGAACCAACUUCAAAUCCGUAAUCAUCAAGGCGGGACGUACGCACAAAUGGUCUGUGGACAUCAUCGGAGAGCCACCACCAGAGAUUAAAUGGAUUUGGAGGGAUAACAUCCCCCUAACCAACACGGAACGCAUCAAGAUCGAUAACGUCGAUUAUCACACAGACUUUACGAUCGUGAACGCGAUGCGCAAAGACACCGGAAAAUACACUCUCAAAGUGGAGAACGCUAACGGAACGGACGAAGAGACUGUCGAACUUACAGUUCUCGGCAAGCCAGAAGCACCGAAGGGUCCGUUAGAAGUGACGGACAUUACAGCAACCUCGGCCAAGGUGAAAUGGGAAAAACCAGAAGACGACGGCGGUGUCCCGAUCAAAGAAUACGAGAUCGAAAAAUUGGACACGAAAACUGGCAAAUGGGUCAGAGUGGGAAAAGUUCCAGGCAAUGCACCGAAUACGGAAUUCGAGGUGACUGGAUUAAAUCCAGGAGGCGAGUACAAAUUCCGCGUUACAGCUGUCAACGACGAAGGUGAUUCCGAACCACUUGAGAGCGAACGUCCGAUCAUCGCCAGAAAUCCAUAUGACGAACCACAUAAACCUGGAACACCUGAGAUAACCGACUACGACAAUGAGUCCAUAAGUUUGAAAUGGACUGCUCCGGACUUCGAUGGUGGUGCACCGAUCGAGAAGUACAUCAUCGAGAAGAAAGAUCGUUAUAAACCAGACUGGGAAAAAGCGAUGGAGGUACCUGGAAAUCAACUGGAGGCCAAGGUAGGCGAUCUGAAGGAGCGAGGAGAAUAUCAAUUCAGGAUUAUUGCUGUAAACAAAGCCGGACCAUCUCCGCCAUCGGACGCCUCGAAGAUGCAGAUAUGCAAACACAAAUCCCUGAAACCGAGAAUCGAUCGUACAAACUUGAAGCCUAUCACCGUACGAGCUGGCAAACCAAUCAAAUACGACGUGGACGUUCGCGGUGAACCACCUCCAGAAAUCACCUGGUAUCACAAGAACCAAGAAGUUAAAACUGGCGAAAAUAUCGAAAUCGUCAAUGUCGAUUACAACACAAAACUUAGUAUUACCGAUAGCGUGCGUAAGAAUACUGGAGUGUGGAAGAUCAAGGCUGUAAACGCACACGGCGAAGACGAAGCCGAGGUCGAAAUUACCAUACUUUCGUCUCCUGGAAAACCGGAGGGUCCUCUUAAAGUGUCCGAUGUCACGAAGAGCGGUUGCAAAUUGAAAUGGGGAAAACCGGAAGACGACGGUGGUAAACCUAUUACUGGGUAUGUAGUGGAGAAACUCGACAAAUCCACCGGAAGAUGGGUCCCGGUUGGACGCACUUCAGAUACCGAAAUGGACGUUAAAGGCCUCCAAGAAGGUCACGAAUAUGAAUUCCGAGUGAAAGCGGUUAACGAAGAAGGCGAAUCCGAACCAUUGGUCACUGAUAGCACGACCCUUGCAAAGAAUCCUUAUGACGUAUCUAGUAAGCCUGGUGUACCAGAGUUGGAAGAUUGGGACGUGGAUCGUGUCGAUCUGAAAUGGGAACCGCCAAAAGAUACGGGAGGUGCACCUAUUACGGGUUACAUAAUAGAAAUGAAAGAGAAACCAUCGACAAAUUGGGUAGAAGCUACCGUAACUCAAUCACCGCAACCGAAGGGGCGCGUCACAGGCCUUAAAAAGGGCUCUGUUUAUCAAUUCCGUGUGCGUGCCGUUAACAAAGCUGGACCAUCCGAACCAAGCGACUCAACCAAGCCACAUGUUGCAAAGGCGCGAUUCUUGAAACCACACAUCAACCGUGACAAAUUGCAAACGAUCAAAGUGAGAGCCGGUCAAACGGUGAAACUGGAAGUCGACAUCGAAGGUGAACCACCACCAACCGUCACCUGGAGCUUCGGUGGUGCCGAGCUGCAAACCGGGGCCAACGUGAAAAUCGAUAACGAGGAUUAUCUGACGAAGAUUCAGUUGACCAACACUAGUCGCAAGCUCAGUGGCAAAUACACCAUCAAAGCUGUGAACGAUUCCGGACAGGACGAGGCUGACGUUGAAAUUAUGAUUCUCGAUAAGCCUGGAAAACCGGAAGGUCCGUUGGAAGUGACAGAUAUUCACAAGGAGGGAUGCAAAUUGAAGUGGAACAAACCGAGAGACGACGGUGGUUUGCCACUGUCUAAUUACUUGGUGGAGAAAAUGGAUACAACUACAGGUCGAUGGGUAUCCGCUGGGAUGGUUGAUCCUGAAAAAACGGAGAUCACUCUUACCGGUUUGGAACCUGGAAAGAGAUACGAGUUCCGCGUCAAGGCUGUAAACGAGGAAGGAGAAUCCGAACCUUUACAGACAGAUGUUCCCAUCGUCGCUAAAAAUCCUUAUGAUCCACCUGCUCCGCCUGGUCUACCAGAGAUCAUCGAUUGGGCCGAGAACAUGGUGAAACUGAAGUGGGAGCCGCCAAUUCGAGACGGCGGUGCACCUAUCACAGGAUACAUAAUCGAGAUGAAAGAUAAGUUUGGUACCGCCUUUGUAAAGGCUGCAGAGGUCGAUGGACCAGUUUGCACAGGAACAGUGACCCGACUAGAGGAAGGAAAUCAAUAUCAGUUCAGAGUUCGAGCAGUAAAUAAGGCCGGUCCUGGUGAACCUAGCGAGGCUACCAAUCCUCACACUGCCAAGGCUCGUUGGCUGAAACCAUUCAUCGAUCGUACCAAUUUGCAACCGAUAACUGUAAAAGUUGGUCUCACCGUAACCUUGGACGUGAAUAUCAUUGGUGAGCCACCACCAAACGUAACUUGGUACUUUAAAGAGAAAGAACUUAAGUCGGACGAUACGAUCCGUAUCGACAACAUUGACUACAAUAGCAAAUUCUUCAUCCUGAAGACUAAGAGGGCUCAUACCGGAAAAUACGUAAUUAAAGCGAAGAACGAAGUAGGCGAGGACAGUGCCGAUGUCGAAAUAAUCGUCAUCGGUAAACCAAGCAAACCAAAAGGUCCUCUAGAAAUCUCCGACGUGAAUAAACACGGUUGCAAAUUGAAAUGGGAGAAACCCGACGACGACGGCGGUGUGCCAGUCGAAUACUAUGAGAUCGAGAAGUUGGAUCCUCUUACCGGACAAUGGAUUCCUUGUGCGAAAUCCGUGGAACCGGAAGUUACGGUAACCGGACUCCAGGAAGGCAAGCCGUACAAAUUCCGUGUGAAAGCGGUAAAUCGCGAAGGUGAAUCCGACGACUUGGAAGCGGACAAGUCUAUCAUAGCCAAAAAUCCGUUCGACGAGCCUGGCAAACCUGGUCGUCCAGAAAUCAGAAACUGGGACAAAGACUUCGUUGACCUUGAAUGGACAGCACCGAAAGACGAUGGCGGUGCUCCGAUUGAGAAAUAUAUCGUGCAGAUGAGAGACAAAGAAGGACGGCAAUGGAUAGACGUUGCUAAUGUUCUUGGGGAUCGUACUACUGCCAAGGUCACCGAUGGCAUCGAGGAAGGUCACGAAUACGAGUUCAGAGUAGUUGCUGUCAAUAGAGCCGGACCCAGUGAACCCAGCGAUACCUCGAAGAGCGUUGUGGCUAAACCGCGAUUCUUGGCACCACGUAUCGAUCGCAAAAACCUACAGAAGAAGAUUAUGCGAACGGGACAAAUGUUACGAAUCGAAGCAGAUAUACAAGGUGAACCACCACCAGUCAUUACUUGGAAGCUCAAGGACGCUGUGCUUAAGAGCAUGGACCGUCUUAAGAUCGAAAAUGAAGACUAUCAUACCACCUUCAUUAUAAGCAAAUUACAAAGAUCGGAUGGUGGAACUUACACUGUUAUUGCCAAGAACGACAGCGGUACCGAUCAAGUCGAUGUCGAGCUCCAGGUAUUGAGCAAACCUGGCAAACCAAAGGGACCGCUCGAGGUGUCAGACGUGACCGCAGAGGGAUGCAAAUUGAAAUGGGACAAACCCGACGACGACGGUGGCGAGCCAGUCGACCAUUAUGUCAUUGAAAGGAUGGACGUUGAUACCGGAAGGUGGGUACCUUGUGGCACGAGCAAGACUCCAGAAGCAGACAUCACCGGCCUCAACGAAGGCAAAGACUACAUGUUCCGCGUGAAGGCUGUCAAUUCCGAAGGUGAAUCCGAACCAUUGGAGACAGCGAUUCCAACCACUGCCAAGAACCCUUACACCGAGCCAGACGCUCCAGGCAAGCCGGAUCUAAAGGAUUGGUCGAAGCACCACGUAGACCUAAAGUGGAAAGCGCCAAAGAAGGAUGGCGGUGCGCCGAUCGAGAAGUACAUCAUCGAAAAGAAAGAUCAGUACGGCAAAUGGCAGAAGGCGGCUGAAGUUCCUGGAAACAAAACAGAGGGCAGAGUCGAGGAUCUCGUCGAAGGACAGAAGUAUCAGUUCCGUGUGAAAGCGGUGAACAAAGGUGGUCAGAGCAAACCCAGUGAACCAAGCGACAGUCUAGUAGCCAAGGAUCGUUACGCAGCGCCGAAGAUCGAUCGUACGAACUUGAAAGAUCUAACGAUCAAAGCUGGCACUCACAUUCGAUUAGACGUGAAAGUUACCGGUGAACCACCUCCAACGAAAACAUGGUUCUUGAACAAAGCCAAACAGGAGUCUGCUGGCGCGGUGACCAUCGAAUUGGAAGAUUACAAAACCAAGUUCUUGGUAUCAUCAGCUAGCAGAGCUCACACUGGCACGUUGACGCUGAAAGCAGAGAACAGCUCUGGAAAAGAUGAAGCGUCGAUCGAGAUUUUGGUCUUGGACAAACCUAGCAAACCAGAAGGCCCGCUUAAAGUAUCCGACGUGCACAAAGAAGGAUGCACACUGAAAUGGAGUCCACCCCUGGAUGAUGGUGGCACGCCGCUGGAUCAUUACGUGGUCGAGAAAAUGGACACGGAGACAGGAAGGUGGAUUCCAGUGGGACGCACGAAGGAACCUACUAUGGUAGUGGAAAAUUUGGUACCCGGUCAGGAAUACAAGUUCCGAGUUAGCGCUGUGAAUGCUGAAGGCGAAUCGGAACCUUUGGAAACUGAACACGGAAUCGUAGCCAAGAAUCCCUUCGACGAACCUGGACCGCCUGGUCGACCAGAGGCAACCGAUUGGGACAAGGAUCACAUAGACCUAAGAUGGACUCCACCCUUAACCGAUGGUGGAUCUCCAAUCACUGGAUACAUAAUUGAGAAGCGCGAGAAAGACAGUCCACGAUGGAUAAAGGCUUGCGAAACCGGACCUGAUUGCAAAGGACGCGUCGAUAAUCUCGACGAGGGUGUCGAGUACGAGUUCCGCGUGAAAGCUGUUAACAUUGCUGGUCCCGGUGAACCAUCCGAAACCAGCAAACCGAUUACAGCCAAGAGUCGACGACUUGCACCUAAGAUCGACAGGAAGAACUUACGCGACAUCACAGUACGCGAGAACGAAGGAUUCCACUUCGAUGUGAAAAUCAUCGGUGAACCACCGCCAGAUGUUACAUGGGUUCUCAACAACAAGAGCAUUCAACAAACAACGUUCCGCAGGAUACAAAACGUUCCAUACAAUACCAAAUUCUUUAACGACAAACCCGAACGAAAAGACAGCGGCAUUUAUAAGAUCACAGCUGUCAAUCAGUAUGGAUCUGACACUGCGGAAGUCGAAGUCACCGUUGUCUCUAAACCUGCCAAACCAGAAGGACCACUGGAAGUGUCCGAUAUUCACGCAGAAGGAUGCACGCUCAAGUGGAAAAAACCAAAGGACGACGGUGGAGAACCCAUCGAGGGAUACCUCGUGGAGAAAUUCGAUCCAGACACUGGUGUUUGGUUACCAGUCGGUAAGACGACAGGGCCGGAAAUGAAGGUGGAAGGACUGACACCUGGACACGAAUACAAGUUCAGAGUGAAGGCGCUUAACAAAGAAGGAGAAUCGGAACCACUGGAAACAUUCAGCUCGAUCGUGGCGAAAGAUCCGUUCACUGUACCAAGUCCUCCUGGUGCGCCGGAACCAGUCGAUUGGACCGCCAACCAGGUUGAGCUUACAUGGAAAGAACCGGUCAGCGAUGGUGGAUCACCCAUUACCGGCUACAUCAUCGAAAAGAAAGACAAAUACAGUACAAUGUGGGAAAAGGCUUUGGAAAUCGAAGUACCGACCACGAAGGGUCUUGUUCACGGGCUCAUCGAGGGUAACGAUUACCUGUUCCGCGUGAUAGCUGUGAACAAAGCCGGACAGUCAGAGCCUAGCGAUACCAGCAAGACGUUCACCGCUAAACCACGCUAUCUGGCACCCAAGAUCGAUCGGCGUAAUCUGCGUGACGUUACUCUGUCGGCUGGUUCGUUACUGAGAUUCGACGCUAAUGUGAUCGGUGAGCCUCCACCACACAUCGAGUGGCGAUACGGAGCUAUUCCUCUGCAUUCCGAUAGGAAAGUGCAGAUAGACAAUUCCGAUUAUAGCACCAAAUUCAGCAUUCGUCCUGUGUCGCGCGACGACAGCGGCGAUUACAGUGUCACAGCCACCAAUUCCUCUGGAAGGGAUUCUGUCACCAUACAAGUCACAGUCACGGACAAACCAAUGCCACCGGAAGGUCCGCUUCAAGUAACGGAUGUUCACAAAGAGGGAUGCAAGUUGAAAUGGAAGAGACCGAAAGACGAUGGCGGCACCCCGAUCGAGUACUAUCAAGUGGACAAAAUGGAUCCAGAGACUGGAUGCUGGGUGCCUUGCGGUCGAUCUACCGAACCUAACCUGGAGGUAAGUGGACUGACACCGGGCAAAGAAUAUCUGUUCCGAGUUAGCGCGGUAAAUGCCGAGGGAGAGUCUAAACCUCUGGAAGCGGAACAAACGAUCAUAGCUAAGAAUCCAUUCGACGAACCAGAUAAGCCAGGCGAUCUGCGUGUCACCGAUUGGGACAAGGACCACGUCGAUCUCGCAUGGACACCGCCAGCGAACGACGGUGGCUCGCCUAUUACCGGCUACAUAAUCGAGAAGAAAGACAAAUACGGCGAAUGGGAGAAGGCCGUAGAGGUACCAGCGGAUGAAACGUCAGCCACUGUCCCUGACUUGAUAGAAGGCCAGCCUUACGAGUUCCGCGUGCGUGCCGUAAACAAGGCUGGCCCUGGCGAACCUUCGGAUCCGACGCCAACGAUCAUUGCCAAGCCGCGAAACCUAGCACCGAAGAUCGAUCGUACGAAUUUGGUAGAGGUCAGAAUCAAAGCUGGUCAAAACUUCAGCUUCGACGUGAAGGUUUCGGGUGAACCUCCUCCAACCACGAAAUGGAUGUUGGGAAAGCGCGAGGUGCGACCGACAGAGCGUAUAAAAGUAAAACACGUGGAUUACAACACGACUCUCAGCGUGAGAAAUGCUACCAGAGCGGAAUCUGGAAGAUACACUAUCACCGCCGAGAAUAUAAAUGGCAUGGACGAAGCAGUUGUUAAGGUAACGGUUCUGGACAAACCGAGUCCACCUCAAGGACCGCUCAGAGCAUCUGACGUGCACGCGGAAGGAUGCAAAUUAUCGUGGAAACCACCGGAAGACGACGGUGGCCAACCAAUCGACAAAUACGUCGUGGAAAAGAUGGACGAAGCGACUGGCCGCUGGGUACCUGCAGGAGAGACGGACGGACCGCAGACUUCGUUGGAGGUUGAAGGGCUUACGCCAGGUCAUAAGUACAAGUUCAGAGUCCGCGCUGUUAAUAAGCAAGGCAAAUCGGAACCGCUCACGGCUAUGCAGGGCAUCGAAGCGAAGAAUCCAUUCGACGAGCCGGGAAAACCUGGCACCCCGACCGUCAGCGACUACGACUCGGACUUUGUCGAACUUCAAUGGGAUCGUCCGCAAGAAGAUGGUGGUUCACCUAUUACUGGUUACAUCAUAGAGAAACGAGACAAAUAUAGUCCUACCUGGGAGAAAUGCGCAGAAGUCGAGGGUGACGUAAAUCGUGGAAGAGUGCCCGAUCUCGUGGAGGGCACGCAUUAUGAAUUCCGCGUUAGGGCUGUUAACAAAGCUGGCCCCGGUGAACCCUCUGACGCUUCUAAAUCUCACUUGGCUCGACCUAAGAACCUUGCACCGAAGAUCGACAGGAAGUACAUGCUGGACGUGAAAGUGAAAGCCGGUGGCUUCUACGACUUCGACGUUCCUGUUAUCGGCGAACCGCCACCAACCAAACAAUGGUCGCUGAAGGGCACGAUACUCGUGCCGAGCGAUCGCAUCAAGAUCAUAAACGAAGACUACAACACCAAAGUUCGUGUGAUCGAAGCGAAACGUUCCGAUGCCGGCGUGUACACUCUGGAAGCGAAGAACAUCAACGGCAAAGACAGUGCCACCUUAACUGUGAACGUCCUCGACAUUCCAGCGCCACCGGAAGGACCUUUAAGGAUCGACAACGUGACAAAGAACGGUUGCGACCUGAAAUGGCGCCCACCGAAAGACGAUGGUGGUUCAGAAAUUCUAUAUUACCAGGUGGAGAAGAUGGAUACAGAGAACAUGAGAUGGGUGCCAGUAGCGGAAGCUUCCUCGACUUAUGCACACGUGGAUCACCUGAUCGAAGGCCACGACUAUCAGUUCCGUGUGCGUGCGGUGAACAAGCAAGGUGAAUCGUUGCCGCUCACUGGCAUGGAUACCAUUACUGCGAAAGAUCCGUACGACAAGCCUGACAAACCUGGAACACCUGUUGCCACUGAUUGGGACAAGGAUCACGUCGACUUGGAAUGGACACGACCGAAAAAAGAUGGUGGUUCACCUAUUACGGGAUAUAUCAUCGAAAAGAAACCUCGUUUCGGCACGUGGGAGAAGGCUUUGGAAAUCGAUGGAACUAAAACUAGCGCCAGAGUACCAGACCUCGUUGAAGGACAAGAAUAUGAGUUUAGGGUCAUCGCUGUUAAUAAAGCUGGUCCUGGCGAGCCAUCCGAAGCUUCUUCCCCUAUCGUCGCAAAACCACGUUUCCUUGCUCCAUCCUUCGAUCCACAUGCACUGAGCGACUUGGUUGUUCGAGCUGGACAAAAGAUCAGCUACAUCAUCCCUAUCCAAGCAUCGCCUAAACCUACGGCCACUUGGACCCUGGACGGAGAGGUGAUUAUGGCCGACUCUCGCCAUGAGAUGUACACUACUCAUACCGAAACCACCUUUGAGAUUCCAUUCUCUGUUCGCUCUGACACUGGCCGUUACGCUCUCACUUUGGAGAACGAGCACGGGAAAUUCAGUUCGAGCGCCAGAGUCACCGUCCUCGACAGGCCAUCACCACCACAGAAACCGCUCGAGAUCAGCAAAAUCACCAAGGAGGGUUGUCACUUGGCCUGGGGCCAUCCAUUGGACGAUGGUGGCAGCCCCAUUUUGCACUAUAUUAUCGAAAAGAUGGAUCUGUCGCGAGGCACUUGGUCCGAUGCUGGUAUGAGCACGAUAUUGAGCCACGAAGUGGCACGACUGACGCAUCGCAAGGAGUAUCUCUUCCGUGUGAAAGCUGUCAACACCAUUGGAGAAUCCGAUCCUCUCGAAGCACCAAAGAGUAUCAUCGCUAAGAAUUUGUUCGACGAACCCGACGCUCCUGGAAGACCACAGAUCACAGACUGGGACAGAGAUCACGUCGAUCUGCAAUGGCCAGCACCAAGCAGCGAUGGUGGUUCUCCCAUUACAGAAUACAUCGUCCAGAAGAAAGAAAAGGGUAGUCCAUACUGGGUCAACGCGGUUCAUGUCCCACCAAAUCAGACAAAUACAACUGUCCCUGACUUAACGGAAGGACAAGAAUACGAAUUCCGUGUAAUUGCUGUUAACGCUGCUGGACAAUCAGAGCCAUCGGAGCCAAGCGAUCUCAUCACUGCCAAACCUCGUUACUUGGCUCCAAAGAUCAAGACGCCUUUGCAAGACAUUCGAAUCAAGGCUGGUCUCAUCUUCCACGUCGACAUCGACUUCGUCGGUGAACCGACUCCGGAGGUUACCUGGACCGUUGGAAGUCGCGAUCUACUGACCACCGAUAGAACAACUGUUACCUCGAUCGGAUAUCAUACCAUUGUUCACACUGUUAACGCUCAAAGAUCCGAUUCCGGAUUGUAUCACUUGUUAUUGAAGAACAGCAGCGGAAUAGACGAAGGUAGCUUCCAAGUUAUCGUUCUCGACAGACCUGGUCCACCAGAAGGUCCUCUGCAGUACGAAGAGAUCACAAGCCAGUCGGUUACCUUGUCGUGGAAACCACCUAAAGAUAACGGUGGUAGCGAGAUCACUGGAUACGUAAUCGAGAAACGUGACUUGACCCAUGGUGGUGGCUGGGUACCAGCUGUAACUCACGUCAAUCCCAAGUAUAAUCACGCCACAGUACCGAGAUUGCUGGAAGGCACGACUUACGAGUUCAGGGUAUGCGCGGAGAAUCUUCAAGGCCGCUCAGAACCUUUGACUACAGACCACUCGAUCGUCGCCAAGAACCAAUUCGUUGUGCCUGGACAACCUGGAAAGCCAGAAUGUGUCGACGCGGACAAAGACCACAUCAAGAUCAAAUGGUUGGCGCCGAUCAGCAACGGUGGAUCGAAGAUUAUCGGUUACGACGUGGAACGGCGCGAUCGCGCAACUGGCCGCUGGUUGAAAUUGACCAAAGAGCCAGCGAGAUAUGCUGAAUAUUAUGACGACCAUGUGACCGAGGGUCAUCAAUACGAAUAUCGAGUAACUGCUAUAAACGCCGCUGGCGCGGGCAAACCUAGCGAAACGUCCUCCGUAUUCAUCGCGAAACCGAUGAAAGAGAAACCGAAAUUGAAUUUGGACGCGCUGAUUGGACGCAAGAUCAAGGUGCGUGCCGGAGAACCCAUCAAUGUUAACAUUCCAUUGUCCGGAGCGCCAACUCCCACUAUCGAAUGGACCAAAGACUCGAAGCCUCUCCUCGAAACUCUUCGAAUAUCGACCGAAACCAAGAGCGAUCGCACGAAUUUGUUGGUCGAAAAAUCGGUCCGGGAAGAUGGCGGUAUUUACACAGUCACAGCGACGAACGAGCACGGAAAAGAUUCAGCCGACAUCGAGGUUAUCGUGGUCGAUAGACCAGGACCACCUCAAGGUCCCCUACAAUACACUGGCACCACGCAGGAGUCCGUGUCCUUGUCCUGGAACAAACCUCUGGAUGAUGGUGGAUCCGACGUCACCAACUACAUCGUUGAGGUAUCGGAGUAUGGAGCCGAUAACUGGCGUCAAACACCAGGAUACUGUCCGAGAACAAGCUACACCGCCAAAGGUCUUACCGAGGGCAAGAAAUACGUGUUCAGAGUGCGAGCUGAAAAUAUGUACGGUGUGUCUGAACCAUUGGAAGGCAAACCAGUCGUCGCCAAGAGUCCAUAUGAUCCACCAGAUGCACCCAGUCAACCCGAAAUCCUUGGAUACACACCCAACAGCUGUAGUCUUUUGUGGAAUCCACCGCUCAAUACUGGCGGCAAGCCUAUUACCGGAUAUUACGUGGAAAGACGAGAACGGGGUGGCGAAUGGCUCAAAGUCAACAACUAUCCAACUCCGAAUACGACAUUCACGGUGCAAGAUCUUCACGAAGGAUCUAAAUACGAAUUCAGAGUUAUUGCCGUCAAUGAAGCUGGACCUGGUAAACCCAGUAAACCGACUGAACCUAUUACUGCUGGACAUCAACGUUUGCGUCCUGAUGCUCCCGAACCACCGAAGCCUGACAGGAUAACGAAAGAUUCUGUAACGUUGAGCUGGCGACCACCACGUAGCGACGGUGGUGCUAAGAUCAGAGGCUACAUCGUCCAAAUGAAGCAGAGAGGUCAGGACGAAUGGGACGACGUUAAUGGCGCUCUGAUACCAACCAACGUGUACACGGUACCGAAACUCACCGAAGGUGAGGAGUACCUCUUCAGAGUGAUAGCAGUGAACGACGUCGGUAACAGCGAUCCAAGCCGACCAAGUAAUCCCAUCGUUAUCGAGGAACAACCCAACAAACCUGUCAUGGACCUCGGGGGAGUUCGCGACAUCACUGUUCGCGCUGGUGAAGACUUCUCCAUUCACGUGCCUUACAUUGGCUUCCCCAAGCCCACUGCCACAUGGUUUGCUAACGAUGUUAUCAAGGAUGAGACAGAUCCGCGUGUACAUCAACAAUUGGGUGACGACUAUGCUAGUCUUGUGGUAAAGAAUGCGAAACGUUCGGACGGUGGACAGUACCGUCUACAGUUACGCAACUCUUCCGGCUUCGACACCGCCACUGUCAACGUUAAGGUUCUGGACCGUCCAAAUCCACCCGUGAAUCUUCACGCUGAUGAAUUUGGCGGAGAUGCUCUCACGCUGUUCUGGAACCCACCGAAAGACAAUGGAGGCGCCGAUAUCACCAACUACGUCGUUGAAAGACGAGAAGCGAGGGGCACGUGGUCCAAGGUGAGCAGCUAUGUGACGACACCGUUCUGUCGAGUAAGGAAUCUAACAGUCGGAAACAUGUACGAAUUCCGCGUGAUGGCUGAAAAUCAAUACGGUACUUCGGAUCCUGUAACCACGAUGGAUCCGAUCAAGGCCAGGCAUCCAUUCGAUCCACCUGGAGCACCUGGAACUCCGAAAGGCGUUGAAACGACAGAAGAUAGCAUUACUAUUACUUGGACCAAACCUCGCCACGAUGGAGGUUCGCCUAUCCUUGGUUAUAUCAUCGAAAAACGUCUGUUGAGCGAAGACAAAUGGACGAAAGCCACACCAUCUCUCGUUCAUGAGACUACCUAUAGAGUAACUGGUCUGAUAGAAAAUCACGAUUACGAAUUCCGCGUCGCGGCAGAGAAUGCUGCUGGACGAGGACCAUGGAGUUCCAACUCUGACGUGAUUAGAGCCAGUGCACCACCAUUCCCACCAAAGAUCACGUCCGACCUCAGCAUCCGUGACAUGACGGUGAUUGCCGGAGAACCGUUCACGAUAACCGUUCCUUACACAGCGAAUCCAAAACCAAGACCAAGCUGGUCCAUCAACGGCGAGGAAGUCCUUACGGGCGAAAGAAUCAAAUUCGAUACGACGGAUGUCGCCUCGCAAUUCAUUAACAAGAAAGCCAAGAGAUCCGAUACUGGAACGUACACAAUCUACCUUACGAACACUGUUGGCACUGAUUCUGCUUCGUGCAAGGUUCUCGUUGUGGAUAAACCAUCUCCACCGCAAGGACCACUUGAUAUUUCUGAUAUCACUCCUGAAACUUGUACGUUGUCUUGGAAACCUCCGUUCGACGAUGGCGGCUCACCCGUUACAAAUUACGUCGUUGAAAAACUGGAUCCGGCUGGCUAUUGGGUGAAACUCAGCAGUUUCGUAAGAAACACUCAUUACGACGUAAUCGGUCUUGAACCCAACCGUACGUACAACUUCCGUGUCCGUGCGGAGAACCAGUACGGAAUAUCAGAACCAUUGCAAGCCGAUGAACCGAUUACCGCGAAAUUCCCAUUCACGGUGCCCGAACCUCCUGGACAACCACGUGUUAUUGAUUGGGAUACGUCGAACGCGACCGUUGUAUGGACCCGUCCAAUAUCCGAUGGUGGAUCUCGUAUUCAGGGUUACAAGAUCGAAUUCCGCGAUCCUGCGGACGAUGCCACAUGGAGAGUGGCGAACGACUACCUGGUCAAAGACACCACCUACAUUUGUUACAAUUUACUGAGCGGACACGAAUACGAGUUUAGAAUACGCGCGAAGAACGCAGCUGGUUUCAGCAAACCUAGCGCGCCAUCGGCACCGUUCAAACUGAAGAGCAAAUUCAACGUGCCUUCACCGCCAGGCACGCCACAGGUCGUGAAGGUUGGCAAGAACUACGUCGAUCUCAAGUGGGAAGCUCCGAUUUCCGACGGAGGCAGCCGCAUCACCGGUUACGUGAUCGAGAAACGCGAAGUCGGAAGCGCGCUUUGGGCAAAAUGCAACGAAUACAACGUCACCGACACAGAGUACACUGUUCUACAUCUGAUCGAACGGGGAGAUUACGAAUUCCGAAUCUUCGCGGUGAACGCUGCGGGAAGAUCCGAACCAAGUUCCUGCACCACGCCCGUCAAGAUCUGCGAGGUGGAAGGUGGCGAGAAGCCAGAAUUCAUCAGAACUCUGCCAAUCAGCACGAACGUACCGCUCGGCAAAACUCUGGUCCUCGAAUGCGAGGCCACGGGAAAACCACAACCGACCGCAAGGUGGCUGAAGAAUGGCAGAGAGAUCACGGUCGGCGGUCGUUUCCGCACGGAGGCGUUCGACGGAAUCUACAGGCUCGUCAUAUCCGAAGUCACGGACGCAGACGACGGCGACUACAGCUGUCAGAUCUCAAACCCACUCGGUCUGGCUACGACUACAGGUCGAUUAAAGAUCGGUUCUCCGCCUCGUAUCGAGCGCAUGCCGGAUGUCCUGUACCUGGCUGAAAACGACAACACGAAGAUCAAGAUCUACUACAGUGGCGAUCAACCGAUGGACAUUACUCUGAAGAAAGACGGUCGCAAGGUGGUGGAAACGAGUCACAUCAAGUACACCGUGUUCGACGAGUACCUCAUCAUCUUCAUCAAGGACAUUCAGAAAGACGAUGCUGGAGUAUACGAUCUUUCGAUCUCGAACGACAGCGGUAGCGUCAGUGGUUCGUUCAACGUGUACAUCACUGGACUACCUGGACCACCGACUGAACCUCUCGACGUCACAGAUAUCGAUAAACACACUUGCACUCUGACCUGGCGACCUCCUAAGUACGACGGUGGCCUUCGCGUCACUCACUACGUCGUCGAACGACGCGACGUCAGUCACACUCACUGGAUCAUCGUUUCCUCCUUCUGCAAGGAUUGUUCCUUCAUGGUACAGGGUCUGACCGAAGGACAAGAGUAUCUGUUCCGCGUGAUGGCCGUAAACGACAACGGAAUGGGACCUCCGCUAGAGGGAACCAAUCCUAUCAAGGCCAAGGCACCGUUCGAUCCUCCUGGCCCUCCAGGAACGCCAAAGGUCACCGAGGUUGGCGGAGACUUCGUAAAUCUCUCGUGGGAGAAACCAGAAUCGGACGGUGGCUCGAAGAUACAAGGCUACUGGAUCGACAAGCGCGAAGUCGGCAGCCAAGCCUGGCAGCGCGUGAACGUCGUUAUUUGUCUACCCACUCAAAUCAACAUCAGCAACCUGAUCGAAGGAAGGCAGUACGAGUUCCGUGUGUUCGCUCAAAACGCUGCUGGCAUCGGACCAGAAUCGAAGGCCUCGACUUCCGUAAAGAUCACCGAUCCUCAGGCAGCCAAAGCUCCGGAAGUGAUUCUACCUUUGCACAAGGUCAGCUGCGUGCAGAAUCACAAUGCUCACUUCCACUGCAAGAUCAUUGGUAUCCCGAAACCCACGAUCACGUGGUUCAAGGGAGCUCGCGAGAUCGUCAGUGGAUCUCGGUACAACAUAUAUUCGGAGGACGACACGCACAACCUGAUCAUCCACGAUGUGUUUGGAGAGGACGCGGAUGAAUACGUCUGUCGUGCUGUGAACAAAUGCGGCGUCAAAUCGACUAAGGGCGAACUUCUGAUCAAGACACCACCGAAAUUGAAUGUACCGCCAAGGUUCAGAGACACUGCAUUCUUCGACAAAGGUGUCAACGUGGUUAUCAAGAUUCCAUUCACCGGAUAUCCGAAACCAAAGAUCACCUGGGUCAGAGAAGGAGAGACGAUCGAAUCUGGCGGACACUACACCGUGGAGGUGAAGGAAAGACACGCUGUUCUUACCAUCAUAGACGGUAGCCGUAUCGAUUCAGGACCUUAUCGAAUCACUGCUGAGAACGACAUGGGUCAAGACACAGCGAUCAUCAAGAUCCAAAUCAGCGACAGACCGGAUCCGCCGAGAUUCCCACAGGUGGACAAUAUUGGUCACGACUCGUUAGCUCUAACCUGGAAACCACCAGUUUGGGACGGUGGUAGCAACAUCACUAAUUACCUUGUCGAAAAACGCGAACAUCCGAUGACCAGCUGGAUCAGAGUCGGCAACACCAGAUUCUGCUCUAUGGCGGUUACUGGUCUCAGUCCUGGACAUCAAUACGACUUCCGAAUUUGCGCUGAGAACAUCUACGGAAGAUCUGACCCGAGUGAAGUCACGCCGUUGAUCACGACAAAGGGAACGAUCAAGAGGGAAUUCAAACAGAAAGAAUAUAAGGUGGACGAGACAGGCAAGAAAAUCCGCGGACGAAGCGACGAGAAGCCACGAGAUUACGAUCAAUUCGUGUUCGAUAUCUAUAGCAAAUAUGUUCCACAGCCGGUUGAAAUUAAACACAUCUCGGUGUAUGACAGAUACGAUAUUCUUGAAGAGAUUGGAACUGGCGCGUUUGGUGUGGUCCAUCGUUGUCGCGAGAGAGCUACUGGAAACAUAUUCGCGGCUAAGUUUAUCCCUGUGUCUCAUGCGAUGGAAAAGGAACUUAUCAGGAAGGAAAUCGAUAUAAUGAAUCAACUGCAUCAUCCCAAGUUGAUCAAUCUUCAUGACGCGUUCGAGGACGAUGACGAGAUGGUCUUGAUCUUCGAGUUCUUGUCCGGUGGUGAACUCUUCGAGAGAAUCACAGCGGAAGGUUACACUAUGUCCGAGGCUGAAGUUAUCAAUUAUAUGAGACAGAUCUGCGAAGCCGUGAAACAUAUGCACGAGAAGAAUAUUAUACAUCUAGACAUCAAACCUGAGAACAUCAUGUGCCAGACACGCAACAGCACCAACGUCAAACUGAUCGAUUUUGGUUUAGCUACGAAGCUCGAUCCUAACGAAGUGGUGAAGAUCAGUACCGGCACGGCAGAAUUUGCUGCGCCUGAAAUCGUCGAACGCGAACCUGUUGGUUUCUACACGGACAUGUGGGCUUGCGGUGUUCUGGCCUAUGUUUUAUUGAGCGGCCUUUCGCCGUUUGCCGGAGACAACGACAUCGAAACUCUGAAGAACGUCAAGGCCUGCGACUGGGACUUUGACGAGGAAGCGUUCCGCGACGUCUCCGAAGAAGGCAAGGACUUCAUUAGGCGGUUGCUCGUCAAGAACAAAGAGAAACGUAUGACCGCCCAUGAAUGUCUCCUUCAUCCAUGGUUAACCGGUGAUCACAGCAAUCGUACAACACCAAUUGCAACCAGUCGAUACCUGAACUUCAGAGACAGACUGCGAGCCAAAUACGAGAACUGGGACAAAUACGUUCUUCCUAUUGGUCGGCUAGCCGAAUAUUCUUCGCUCAGAAAAUUGUUGAUCGAAAAGUACAAGAUCUACGAUUCCUCGUUCGAUCGACGACAAGCGGCACCUAGAUUCGUCAUUAAACCGACGAGUGCGUUUGCCUACGAAGGACAAAGCGUGAAGUUCACGUGUCGCGUAAUCGCGAUCGCCUCUCCCACUCUCACGUGGUUCCACAACAAUCAGGAACUCAGACAAUCCGUGAAAUUCAUGAAACGAUAUCACGGCGAUGAUUACACGUUCAUCAUCAACAGAGUGAAACUCGAGGACAGAGGAGAGUACGUGAUCAGGGCAGAGAAUCAUUACGGCUACAGAGAAGAGGUCGUUUUCCUGAACGUGCAACCGCUACCUAAGGAGAUUCCAAAAUACAGACCAGAACUGCAUCCAGUCCGAAGGAGGGAACCGCUCGGUUAUAAUGUAUGGUUGGAGACGAUCGAAUCGGCGCCAAGCUUCACCUUCCUCCUUCGACCACGUGUCAUUCAAGUCAGACAAACGUGCAAACUCCUUUGCUGUCUCGCUGGCAAUCCACCACCGACGGUGAAAUGGUACAAAGACAGGGAGGAGCUCUCCAAGCAUCACUACGCGAUGACGAACUCGGACGGUGUCGUCACGAUGGAAAUCAUCGACUGCAAACCGGAAGAUAGCGGCAAAUAUCGUUGUAUCGCGACGAACAAACAUGGAAAAGACGAAACCAGCUGCGUAGUCAUCGUUGAAGGCACUGGAGAAACAGAGGAGCAACUGAAAUUAGCGCACGACCUCCUACAUUCCGGAGAUCGAAAAUUCAUCGAGCAGCCGCUGAAACCAGCACCACCUCCGAUCAUAACGGUACACAAAGCCGGUGGAUACAGUGGAUACAGUUCCACUACCACACAGGGUCAUAAUUACAGUAGCUCCACCACCAAUAAAUACAAUUCCUCGAGUUCAUCUUCCUAUAAAGCUACAGACUCCAGCACAGAGAAGCGAAAUACCAAGAAAUACGGACUCGAUAGCACCGGUAGUCCAUCUCGUUCUAGAAGCACGACAAAGGAAUUAAUCUAUCCUCCGGAUGACUCGAUGAGAGCACCGCAAUUCACGAAAAAAUUGAGCGAUCUUACUAUCAAUGAUGGAGAACAGCUGGAACUUAACGUAAACGUUGACGGUGAUCCAGAGCCACAAGUCACCUGGUCCAAGAAUGGCAAGACGCUGAGUUCGUCGGAAAUUAUGAGCUUGAAGUACAAAGGCGGAGUCGCGACUCUCGUUAUCAAUGAGGUAUUCCCUGAGGACGAGGGUGAAUAUACUUGCCAAGCAAGCAACAGCAUCGGCACCGUAACUACCUCCUGCAAAUUGACCGUGAAACCCAUGGGAAAUGCAGCCGCGAAGAAAAAGACCGAUGACAAGCCUCCAAAGAUCGUAGAUCACGUAACCAGCAUGUUCGUAAAGGAUGGCGAAGCCGUGACUUUGAGUUGUCGAAUAAUCGGCGCGAAGAAAUUCGACGUGAUCUGGCUUCACAACAACAAGGAAAUCAAACCUAGCAAAGACUUCCAGUACAGCAGCGAGGCUAAUAUCUAUAAACUGAACAUUGCCGAAAUCUUCCCUGAAGACUCUGGCACUUAUACCUGCGAGGCAUUCAAUGACGCAGGAGAGAGCUUCUCAUCGUGCACAUUAAACGUACUUGUUCCAAAUGAGGAACCGAAGAGUCCAGUCUUCACGACAUUCCCACAAUCUGCAACGGUAAGCGAAGGCGAAUCGGUUACAUUCGUAUGCAAGACUGAAACCGCGCCUCUGAAAGUAACGUGGUUGAAAGACGGAAAAGCGCUCCCAGAAUCUAGUAGCAGGUACCUCUUCAGUUCAGACGGUGACAAAUCGUUCGAGUUGCGUAUCAAAGCAUGUACAGCCAGCGACGUGGGUCAGUAUGUUGCUCGCGCGAUCGGCAAGAAGGGUGAGACCAAUGCUGCUUUCGCCCUGAACGUUACCAACGAAUAAUGAAAUCGUUGAUUUCGCGCGUGUCAAAACGCAACACGACAAGCUUCUAGAAUAUUAUCGGGAGGACAACAAUACGAGAAAAAAAAACACUGUAAACUAUAUAAAUGUGCGACUUGAAAAUAAUCGCGGUCAUAGGCGACGUAACGCUCGUGUAUAAAAGAGAAAUUGGAAAAUUAUUGUAUUCAUGCUAUUCUAUAUGUAAAUUAUCAUUUACUUUUUGUGUGCUUAUCAUAUCGCAAAAAAAAAUCAUGUCAUUAUAUGAUGAAAGAAGAAUCCAAAGUGUUAAGCAAUACGGAUAGCACGCGCAAUCUAUACGCUAGUACGAGCUUUGCUGUAUACACGAAUUUGCAUAUUUUAAGUACACAAUCGUACACAAACGGCAGUUAAAUUACAAACAGGAAACUUUCGCAAUAGUCAGACUCAGCAGGAUAACCAGCAUCCUCAUACGUUAAAACAACAAUAACCAAUCUUGCUAGAUGACUGUACGAAAGAUUUUAAUACUGCCGAAAUGUACAUCCUUAUUCCAUGUAAUCGUACGCACUGUCGUGUUAUACAUGUUUGAAGACUGCUUCCGUUACAAAAUUUCAGAUAAAUAAAAAAGAUGAUUCAAAUAUAAAA